AUGCCUUUAAUCCAUCAUCCAUUACCAUCAUCACCACCAAACCAUUCAUCCAUCACCAUUCAAUUAGAUUCACCUGAUUUAGUCUUAAGAGCCUUAUCUGGAAAUGAAGCAUCAGGUCAAUCAGCUUCAUUAACUGGAACCGUUCAAUUACAAUUAUCUGAAUCAACUCAUUUGAAAGAUCUUUCAUUAAACUUAAGAUCGAUUGCUAAGAUCGAUUAUCUAGAACCGCUUAGUGGAAAACGAUUUCAUCAUUUACAUCCAAUCUUUUUUCAUCAAUUUAGUUUUUUACCUUUUAAUCUUAAUAGCUCAGAUUCAAAUCAUCAUCAACCAUCAAAUCCUUCUACACCAUCUCAUCAUGGAUCUCAAAGUACGACAACUACUACAACUACAACUACUUAUACUACCUUACAAGCUGGAUUACAUAGGUUUCCAUUCUCGAUCAACUUACCAUCAGAUCUACCAGCUAGUCUAAGAACUUAUUCAGGUUCAGGUUUGAUUUAUUACAAGUUAAAAGCCAUUGCAACUCGAGCAGGUUUCUUAACUCAUUCUAAGUGGGAAACCAAACAAAUCUUAAGAGUGGCUAGAUCUUUUCCGGUCGAAGCAGUUGAAUGGAAUCAAACCUUGGAAAUCGAAAAUACUUGGCCUGGUAAGGUUUCUUAUGAGAUUUCUUUGCCUCAUAAAGCUUUUGCGGCUGGUGAUCGGAUUCCAGUCAGUUUGAAAUUCUCACCACUUAUGAAAGGGGUUAGGGUCACUUCACUCGUUACUACUAUUAAAGAACAUGUGGCUUUGGUGGGCAAAGCUGGAACUCCUCCUCAUAUUGAAAAUCGAGAUGUCGCACAAUGUAGAUUUGAAUUCACUGAUAAAAAAGCAGGAGGAUCAGCCCCACUCUCAAGAGCCGAUCCCAGUCAAACGUCCACAAACCCAUCCAACUUACCUAGAAGACAUUUAUCUUCAUCCGAUUUAACUUUACUCACUUCUAGAUUAAAUGCCGUUUCGUUAUCGAACAGAAGACCAUCGUUUUCUACUUUACCUUCUCCUUCUAGAAGUGUGUUUGGGAAUGCAUCGAGUAGUACGACACCUUUAGCUGAACUAGCCCCUUCUGAAGAAUUAAGGGCAUCUCUUACAGCUGAUGUAGAACUUUCACAAGAUAUAGAUACGAUCAUUGAAUUAACGAUUCCUUCUUGGACUACACCUUCUCAUUCAUUACCACCUAUCACUGUGACUCAUAAACUUAAAUUCAGUGCAUUUAUUAUUAAUCCAGAUGGUCAUACAUCGGAAUUGAGAUGUGCAUUACCUUUACAUAUCUUAGCUUCACAUCUGGCUUCAGAAGCUUCGAUCGCCUCGGCCGGUGCAAGAACUUUAUUAUUCGAUCCUUCUGGUAAUCUUUCUCAAGGGUUUAAUCAAUCUGUCGAAUUACCUUCUUAUCCUGAACAUGUUAGAGACAGAUUAGCAUCACAAGAACAAACUCAUCCCAUGGCUUCUGUCAUUCCAGCACCUUGGAUCACAUCUAAUACGCCAGGUUCGACCCCGCCAGUCUCUAGACCUGCUUCGCCUUCGGCUUCUUCUACUUCUAAUCAACAAGUCUUGGGGUAUUUUCCCGAACCUGGAUCGAUCCCUAGUCCUUCUCCUGCUUGGACUCCAUCACAUGACACAGAAUUCAUUAGAUCCUUAGACGCUUCACCUACUUAUUUUAAUCCGAUCCAUCAAACUCCUUUACACACUUCUAAUAACAGUUCAAGAGCUUCUUCACCUGGUCUAGGCACCACCAAUGAACCACCAUCAGGAUCAGGUUCGAGUUCAGGAUUCAAUGUUUCUCAACUUGCUACUUCUACUUCUUCUACUUCUUCGACUUCUUCUACAACUAUUGGAAAUGGAUUCUUUCAAAUUCAUUUACCUAAAAUUCCUCAUAGGAAUCGAGCUCCUAAAGCUUUGACGGCUAUGAGAAAUACAAAUGGGUCGGGUCCUAGUAGUGCUUCUUCUUCUAAUUUGGUCGCGGGUAAUGGUCAUGGUCAUGCUCAUUCGAGUAGUACUACUAGUCUUUCGGGAUCCCUUCCUACUCCUGUUCCUGAAACUGAAAGAGAAUUAAUGUCUAGAGUACCUUCCUAUUCUAUUGCAAGUAGAGGUUCAUUAGGUGGUGGACCAGUUCCAAUAAGUUCUUUGAUCGGUUUACCGUCUUAUGAAGAAUCUUCGGCUGCUAUCAAUUCUGUUUCCAUCGAUCAUCAUCUUCAAAGUAGAAGGAAUAGUCUUUCUGAUUCUUGA